UUAGGCGCAGCGCUGUCGCCCAUGCUAGCUAGCUAGCUCGCUCGCUACCCGGACAGAUUAGCCCCACUCUGGAUGGUUUAGCAAAGGCUGGGAAAAGGUUGUCGUAUUUGCGUUAAAACGCGGUUUCCAUCAUGGGAUCCGCCUGGGAGGAAAUCCGCCGGCUCGCGGCCGAUUUUCAGCGGGCGCAGUUUGCUGACACGGUGCAGAGGUUAUCAGAGAGGAACUGUAUUGAAAUUAUUACAAAACUGAUUAAGGACAAGAAAUUGGAUGUGGUGCACACACUCGAUGGAAAGGAGUACAUCACCCCAGCACAGAUCAGCAAGGAGAUCAGAGAUGAGCUCUACGUCCAUGGAGGGAGAGUUAAUAUCGUGGAGCUUCAGCAGAGCAUCAAUGUGGAUUUGGUCCAUGUUGAAAACAGAGCGAGUGACAUAGCUAAAUCUGAUAAAGGCGUUCGGCUAGUACUUGGACAACUUAUUGACGAGGGCUACCUAGACCGAAUAGCAGAAGAAGUGAAUGACAAACUGCAAGAGGCUGGUUUGAUAAACAUUUCAGACCUCUGUAAAAACUAUGACCUUCCAGGGGAUUUUUUGACGAUGGAGUUAUCGAAACGUAUUGGUAAGCUCAUCCGGGGGGAGAUGGACCAGUACAACAGCGGGGUCAUAUUCACUCCAGGGUUCAUUGCUCGCCACAAGGCCCGGAUCCGAGGACUCUUCAGCGCAAUCACUCGGCCAACACCUGUCAGCAGCAUGAUUGCAGCGUUUGGAUUCCAGGAACAUCUUCUCUACUCCCUCUUGGAGGAGUUGGUGAAUACCGGGCGUCUCAAAGGCGUAGUUGUCGGCGGCCGACAGGAUAAAGCCAUGUACAUCCCCGAUAUUUACUCCAAAACGCAGAACACAUGGGUGGACUCUUUCCUGCGACAGAAUGGAUAUUUAGAGUUUGAUGCGUUGAUCAGGUUGGGGAUUCCUGAACCAGUGAGCUACAUUAAGAAGCGGUUCAAGUCCAGCAAGCUGCUGUUCCUCAGAUCGGCCUGUGUGGGGCAGACAUUAGUCGACCAGGUGGAGGCCUCGGUGGAGGAAGCCAUCAACUCUGGUACAUGGACGGACAUACAGCCGAUUUUGCCCAGCUGCCUGUCAGUGGAGGACACAGGAAUGCUGAUCAACCAGACUAUGAGGAAUACCAAUGUGCAGUCCACUGCCCGGGUGCUGGGAGACACCAUUGUUGUCAGUGAGAAAUUCAUCUCCAACUGUCUGUCUCUGUUUGAUGAGGCUAUGCAGCACAAAGCUGAGAAGGAAGUGAAGAACAAUCCAGUGUUUCUGAUAACGGAGGAAGAUCUGAAACAAGCGUCUCUGAUGACAGAAAGCACGGGUUCCUCAAGAAAGGAUAAGAAAGAGGCAGACCGGAGGAAAAAAGCCACAGAGGGCAGUGGCAGUGUGAAGGGGGGUGGGGGCGGCAACGCCAGAGAGAUCCGGAUUCGUAAAACCAAGAAGAAGGGGAGGAGAGACGAGGACAGCGAUGAAGAAACCAGGCCUAUCCAGCAAAAUCGCGGCAAACAGAGCGAAGUUGCCUUUAUGGCCCUAGAGGAGAUCGCAGCUGUCCUAGAGGAGCGAGUGACUGACUGCCCGGACGACAUUCUCUCUGAGCUGGCAGAGCAUUUAGUAAGGCCGCUGACUAAAUCCUACCAGGAAGUUUUGCGGACAGUGUUCAUGUCCUCCACCAGUUCUCUGUCUGGUGCCAACAAGAAGAGAAACCUGAAAGACCUCCAAGAGGAGAUAACCAACCUUUACAACAACAUCCGACUCUUUGAAAAGGGGAACAAGUUCUUCUCAGAUGAAACCCAGGUCCAUAUUGCUAAGCACGUCCUCAAGACUGUGUGCACCGAUGUCACCAACAUCCUGGUCAACUUCCUGGCAGCUGACCUGAUGAUGUCAGUGGAGAAUCCCUCUUCCAUUACCAACGAGGUGAGAGUGAAGAUUUUGGGGAAACUCUCAGAGGAGACAAAAGGGCCUCUAAUGAAGCUGCACAACUCCCUGAACAGCAAAACCAUGGAGGAUUUUUUAACCAACAUUGAAACGUCAGCUGAAGUGUGUGGCAUCAUGCUGAAGAAGAGCGAUAAGAAAAAGGAGAGACAGGCCCUGUUCCUCCACCGCCAGGCUCUGACGGAGCAGCUGAAAGAGACGGAGGACCCGGCUCUGGUGCUCCACCUGGUCAGCGUGCUGCUGUUUCAGGCCAGCGCCAACUGCAUGCUGCAUGCCCCGGGACGCUGCGUGCCGCAGAUCAUUGGCACCCUGAUGGGCCGCAUACCUACGGAGCAGCACCAGCUGAUGUCUCACUACCAGAGCCUGGUGGUGAAACAGCUGGUGAGCCAGAGCCAAGGGAAGAAGCAGGAGGAGGGUGAGGAAGACGGCUCUGAAGAGAAGGAUGAAGAAGCAGCGGUUCGUACCGAGCUGCUGUCCUCGAUGGCCAGCAUCAAAGACCUGGUUCUGUCCCAGAGGAAGACCUCGGUGGCAGAGGAGUGAACGUCUCAUACGGUGGCGGACAAGAAAUGAAUUCUUAAAUGAUCGAUGGUCUUACGUGAGCAGGUUAAAAGUGGAAACAGUGGCUGGUCAACUAGUUUGUCUUUGCAUAAUGCUUUUCCAUGUGGCCAUGAUUCUAACUAUGUAAUUGAAAAUCCUGUAUGGGAUGGAAACUGAAUAGCCCAAUUAACAGGAAAAUCCUCAGUGAGGUUCUGCUUUUCAUGAAUUAAAAAGCUCAGCCCUUUGUUUGAAAACGGUCAUUGCGUGCUUAAUGUCAGUGAUUCUCAGUUUGUAGUAGUAUUCUGUAACAUGUCAAACAUGUCUCUGUAGAAAGACCGUUAACCAUCAUAGCAUUUAGCUUGAAGUUCACAAAAAUUAAAAUGAAUUUG